AUGAUGAGUACAAAUGAGGACCGAGAUACUGAAGCUCAAAGAGAACACGUACCACAGACGUCCCCAGCGGAAACCAGAGACAACGAGCAAAGCCCCGCCGAGCAGAAUGCCAGUACAGACGAUGGUAUUUUAUCAGAGAAGUAUCCACUCAGUGAAUUGGAGAAAGGACUCGUCGGUUGGGAUAGCCAGGAUGACCCAACUAACCCCAGAAACCUCACCGACUUCCGAAAAUGGUGUAUCAUCAGCUUCAUUGGCGCAAUCACCUUUUUGAGCACCCUCUCGUCCUCCAUGUACGCGCCUGGAAUCUCGUUUGUAAACAAGGAUUUACACAACUCUUCGCGGAUUCUGGGCUCAUGGUCUAUCAGUAUUUUCCUUCUUGGUUACUCUCUUGGUCCUCUCUUCCUCAGCCCACUAAGCGAAAUCUACGGCCGCCGCAUUGUCCUUAACCUCGCCAAUAUUUUUUUCUGCGCCUUCACAUUGGGCUGUGCACUCGCACCGAAUCUUGGCAGUCUCAUCACAAUGCGUCUAUUGGCUGGACUCGGAGGGUCUGCAUGCCUGACGCUGGGCGCUGGUGUCAUCAGCGACUUGUUCUUGCGAGAGCAACGUGGCAGAGCCAUGUCCAUGUAUUCUCUUGGGGUCAUGUUCGGUCCGGUCCUUGGCCCUAUCUGCGGCGGUUUCAUUGCUCAGCGCGCAGGAUGGAGGUGGGACCUUUGGGUAUUGUUCAUCGCAGGUUGUAUAAUCACUGGCGGAAUCGUUAUUUUCAACCGUGAAACGAACCCUGUUGUGCUUCUCGAGUGGAAAACAAGACGUCUCAGGUCGGAGCUUGGCCGAUCUGACCUCCAGAAUAUUCUAACAUACAAAACAGGUGAACCAUUGCUGAGCCGUUGUGAUGUCCUUAAACGGGGCAUUAUCCGUCCGCUCAAGCUGCUCUUCACAUCACCCAUUGUCUUCGUCCUCUCUCUAUACAUCAGCUUUGUGUUUGGUCUUCUCUUUCUACUCUUCACAACCAUCACACAGCUUUUCAUCCAGGUCUACGACUGGUCGCCAGAGAUAUGCGGUCUAGCCUACAUUGGCGUGGGCAUCGGAUUCUUCAUCGGUAUCAGCUUCGUGGCAAAAACAUCUGAUACCACGGUUAUCAGCCUCACCAGGAAGAACAAUGGUGUCUACGAGCCCGAGAUGCGGCUACCGUCGUGUGUCUUCUUUGGUCUCUUAAUACCGAUAUCCCUCUUCUGGUACGGCUGGUCGUCCUACAAACGCACGCACUGGAUCGUACCCAUCAUCGGACUUCUCCCCUUCGGAGCCGGGAUGAUGGGAAUCUUUGCUCCAGUCCAGAUAUACCUCGUUGACUCGUUCCCGCAACACGCAGCUUCUGCUCUCGCUGCCAUGACUUUCCUCCGUUGCCUCUUUGGAAGCGUGCUUCCUCUUGCUGGUCCGAGUAUGUAUGAGAGCUUGGGGUUAGGAUGGGGGAAUUCCUUGCUGGGAUUCGUGUCUAUUGCAAUGAUUCCUUUCCCGGCACUGAUCUACAAGUAUGGAGGAAACGUAAGGAGGAAGUGGCCGGUGAAUUUGUAA